AUUCUGGGAAAUGUAGUCCGUUGAAUGAGUGCAUCCAUUGUGGUAGCCAUUCAGGGAACUACGUGUCCCUAAAUGCACUGCUCUGUCUGAAUUUCAGCGGGGCAGCGUUUAAGGCUAGACGUACUCUGGGCACCCCCCACCCCCGUAGUUUUCUUCGGGAUCUGCUCAAGGGUGGCCUGGCUGGGAAUGCUGCUGGACUAAAAUCCGGAGCUGCUGCCUGAAGCCCGCUGAAGAAGGAACUGGAGCCCUUGCGCCCCUUCUGGGGGAGGCAGGUGGGGGGCGGGUGUGUGUGUGUGCCCUUUGUCUUCUCCACCCUUGUCGGGGUGAGGAAGGCCGUCUGAGGAAAAAGAUCCACGAGGUGGAAUCUAGAUGUCAAAAAGCUUCAUCCCUCAAGAGAGAACAAGGAGUUCUUUAAAUCUUGUUGGAGUCACAGAUUGAAGAUGGAAACGAAAGAUUCUGCUGGCCUCUAUGCCACCCAGGCUGAGAGCGGUGGUGGAUUCUGGGAAAGGACCUCUCAGAAGAUCUUCAGCAAAGGCAACCUGAGCUCAGCUGUACAAUGCCAGCCUUUCAAGCAGUUAUGCUACCACGAUGCCAUGGGCCCCCGAGAGGUGUGUAAACAGCUACACAACCUUUGCCGUCAGUGGCUGAUGCCAGAAAGACACACGAAAAAUCAGAUCCUGGACUUGGUGAUCCUGGAGCAAUUCCUGACCAUCCUACCCCCAAAGAUGGAGAACUGGAUCAGAGAAUGUGGAGCAGAGACCAGUUCCCAGGCAGUGGCCCUGGCCGAAGGUUUCCUCCUGAGCCAGACAGAGGAGGAGAAGCAGGAAGAGCAACUGAUUCCAGGACCGUUGUCAGAAGCAGCUCCUGAUUUCUCCAAGGCAGACAGGGCUCCAUUGGAUGCCAAGCAGAGGCCACUGUCCAGGUGGACCUCACAGGAAGUUGGCAGAGCUGCCAACUCGCUGGGUACUGGACGGACUCUUCCAUUGGCUUCUCGGCCAUCUCUUCUUGCUGGUGGAGCAGAAGAGGCUUCAGUGCAACCAGAUCAGGGUCCGGUGACCUUUGAGGAGGUGGCUGUGUAUUUCACGGAGGAGGAGUGGGCUCUGCUGGAUCCAGACCAAAGAGCCCUGCACAGGGCAGUCACGGAGGAGAAUUAUGAGACUGUGUCCUCUCUGGCAGGUAAUGAUUGGGAGAAUGAGAAUGAGGGAAAGCCCCACAGAGGAUUCAAACAGAAGAAGAGGAAUGGAUCUACCGCUUCUCAGCAUGGUGAAUUGCAUAGACUCACAAUCGAGGGGGGAAAGGAGAAAGCAGUAGAGAAAACUCUUUAUGCUUUCAACAGGAAGCGCUUCAGUUCUGAAUCCAGCCUUCAGACUCAGGGGGAAAUGCAUACGGAAGAGAAACCAUAUAAAUGCUUGGAGUGUGGAAAGGGCUUCAGGCAAAGAGCAAAACUUAUUGUACAUCAAAGAAUCCACACAGGAGAGAAACCAUAUACAUGCUUGGAGUGUGGAAAGAGCUUCAGUCACAGAACAAGCCUGAUAUCACACCAAAGGAUUCACACAGGGGAGAAACCAUAUAGAUGUUUGGAAUGUGGAAAAGGCUUCACUCAAAAUGCACAUCUCAUUUCACACCAAAGGAUUCACACAGGGGAGAAACCAUAUAGAUGUUUGGAGUGCGGAAAGAGCUUCAGUCGCAGUACAAGCUUGACUUCACACCAAAGGGUUCACACUGGGGAGAAACCAUAUAGAUGCUUGGAGUGUGGAAAGAGUUUCAGUCAAAGUGUAAUACUUAAUGUACAUCAAAGGAUUCACACCAGAGAGAAACCAUAUAGAUGCUUGGAGUGUGGAAAGUGCUUCAGUACCAGCACAAGCCUGAUUUUACAUCAACAUAUUCACACAGGGGAGAAACCAUGUAAAUGUUUGGUGUGUGGAAAGGGCUUCAGGGAAAGGGCAAAACUUAUUGUACAUCAAAGAAUUCACACAGGAGAGAAACCAUAUACAUGCAUGGAGUGUGGAAAGAGCUUCAGUCAACGUGCUUAUCUCACUUCACACCAAAGGAUACAUACAGGGGAGAAACCAUAUACAUGCUCGGAGUGUGGAAAAGGCUUCAGUUAUAGCACAAGCCUGACUUCACACCAAAGGAUUCACACAGGAGAGAAACCAUAUACAUGCUUGGAGUGUGGAAAGGGCUUCAGGGAAAGGGCAAAACUUAUUGUACAUCAAAGAAUUCACACAGGAGAGAAACCAUAUAGAUGUUUGGAAUGCGGAAAAGGCUUCAGUCAAAAUGCACAUCUCAUUUCACACCAAAGGAUUCAUACAGGGGAGAAACCAUAUAGAUGCUUGGAGUGUGGAAAGAGUUUCAGUCAAAGUGUAAAACUUAAUGUACAUCAAAGGAUUCAUACAGGGGAGAAACCAUAUAGAUGCUUGCAGUGUGGAAAGAGUUUCAAUCAAAGUGUACAACUUAAUGUACAUCAAAGGAUUCAUACAGGGGAGAAACCAUAUAGAUGCAUGGAGUGUGGGAAGAGUUUUAGUAAAAGUUCAGAUGUCACUGUACACCAAAGGAUUCACACAGGAGAGAAACCGUAUAGAUGCUUGGAGUGUGGAAAAGGCUUCAGUCGGAGUUCAAAUCUCACUUCACAUCAAAGGAUUCACACAGGAGAGAAACUACACAAACCUGAUACUACACAAACCUGAUUUCUCAUCAGAAGCUUCAUGCUGGUGAAACCAUAUAAAUGCUUGAAGUGUUGGAAGAUCUUUGACUGGAUGCAAUUCUUUAUUCCUCACUGAAGUACUACUCUGCAUGUUGUAUAUGAAUUCCUGGAAAAGAGCUACAUUAAUCUGCUUUGGGGAAAUGAGCCCAAACCACGUCCGCCUUAAAAGCUUACAUCUUACUUGUGGUUUGAGCUUCUGAGGAGUGCAUCUGACAAAAGGAGGGCCUAGCUUAUAAAGGGCAAUACUUCUCUCUUCGGUGCCAGUUCAGCACGGAAGCACGCAUCCAGUCGUCUUCUCUUAAAAAGUGAUCAUAGCUUCGAUUUUACCUACUGAUGUUCACCCACUUUAGUUGUUUUUUUGGCCUCUUAUCCCUUCUCUCUUUUUUAAAAAGAAAAGUAAAGGGUGUGAUCCCCCAGAAAGGCAGGCCUCCUCUCUCUAUCACAAGGUAGCAGCAUAAUACUUGGUGUUGGUGUUUGUGGCCUUACACCGAUUCUCUAAGAAUCGUUUCAGCUUUAGCAGCCUGAGUUCAGAGUCGUAUUUGGACGACCUGCAGAAUAGUUGUUUGGAGGAAACCUCCCCCUACACUGCCUCAUGAGGGAAAUAUGGAGUCGUACCAGAGGCAUUGCUAGAUGCUGAAAAGAUCUGGGGCCUAGGCCCUGGUUCAGGCCCACAGCCGCUCUCCCCUUUUUGAGAAUGAACUCUUUUCAUGUGCCCUAAAAAGGAAUGCAAAACUCUCUUCUAGUUCUCAAAACCGUUAAAAAUCAGGACCUUUAAAAAAAUCUGGUUUGUUUGGGGUAGUGAAGUGCUUUGGUCCUGGGAGCUUGGCUCCACUUGUGGGUUGAAAAGAAACAGGAGGUGAAGAGGGGCAAAGCAGCACUGGCAUAGCAACAUUGGCAGUGGCUUGUGUUUAAAUAUCUUGGUGGGCCACUGCUUACUCCACUACUGUCUCCACCCACUCUCCGCUAUUGGCCUCUGCUCACCCAUCAGCACUGCCAUUGGCCAGUUGCCCACCGCAGGCCUCCAUUCACUGUUGUGACUGGCUGGCUUCCUUGUUCCAGCUGCAUCAUGGUAUAAUGAUGUAACCGCUGGGCUCCUGCUAAGAGGAGGCCAGGGGUAGGUGGUGCCAAAUGGCCUGUGGCAGAGGCGGCAAAUGGCAGGACCAUAGGUGGCUCCCCCUGGGGGCCCAUAUGCAGAGCACACGGACCCUCAUUGCAAGAUCCAACUCUGCAAAGAAAGGAAUUGGGGCUGAGACCUCAGCCAGGAGAUCUACCUUUCGUUAAUCUGCAAAGAGAUCUCAGAAGCGGCAUGGAGAUGAAGGGCUAAGACCCUUUGGCCUCUUGGAGAUCACCCCUCUUUCCCUCCCAGUGUUUUUGCUCAAAUGGCCAAGUCUGAGACUUCAAUUCCAAACUGUGCUUUGUUGAGACAGUGAGAUUGUGAAGAACUGGUGGUUCUGCCAAGCCAGGCUUUUUGGGCAGGCGAAGCCACAGCCAGUCACCUUUCCUUGCUCUGUCCAUGUGACUGUUUGGGUGAGUCUUUCCACUGGGGAAGCUGGCCUUGUUUUAGAGAUUACUCUUAGAUUAGGGAAGCGGGUGGGUCAGCCCUUCUCUGGGGAUCAUGAUAGGCACCUUGUCUUAGGAAUCCCCAUAGUUCCUUUCCUCUUGAGAUAGAUCUCUUGGGAUAAAAAUAAAUUAAUCAAAAUACUUUUUGAUUAAUUUAUUCCAAACCUUCCAGUCAAUGGCCUUCAGAUAGGAAUACCUGAGAGGUGUUAUGCAUUUUCCCUGCAGCACUGCAGUUUGGUUGGCUUAUGCCUUUGUCAGCCACAUGCCAGAAUUGCUUUUAACCAUUUACUAACACCAAGGGGUGUGCUGUGACCUUCCCACUUCAGAAGCUGCUGUUUUUUCUUAUUCCAUGACUGCCAAAGCACAGUGAAACCCAUGGGCUUCUCUUUUAGGGAGACAGGCAGGAGUGGGGUGCACUGAAACAGGAUGAUUCUAACAGUGAUCAAGAAAAUGCAUGGAAAAUUGGGCUAUCAGUGGCAACUUCAUGAGGGCUACAUGGAACCUCCAGGUUCAGAGGCAGUAUACCUCUGAAUACCAGUUUCAGGGGAUCAGUAGUGGGAGGGGGCAACAGUCUUCAUGCCCUGCUUUGGGCUUCCGAGAUUCAUCCGAUUGGGUACUGUGGGAAGGAGCAUGUGAGACUAGCUGGCUUCAUCCAACAGGGCUUUCUCUGUUGGCUGGAAUCCCAAUACAGAACAUUAUGAAAAGGAAUGAUUGACUUCAUUUACAGGUCACUAAAUGGUUGACAGCCUUCGAAAAGCUUAUGCCUAAGUUAAUUCAGUAAACAAUGGUCUGGACUUGCAGGUUUAUUAGAUGCUACUUGAAGAUGAGCAGGAUAAUUUUAAAAACCCUUAUGAAGAAGGGGGAUAAGCGCUCAGCUGUUGACACUGCAGAAUAUGAUCAGAAAACCCAAUUAAAGGGUUUCUGGAGAAGAGGAUAUGAAGACAUGCUAUCAGCAUGCCUACAGCACAGAGGAUGGACUCUGUUGGAAAGGAGGUUUAGGGGAUGUCACCCAGGCUUCUCUUUUUUAUACUGUUUUUAGCAGUAUUUUUAAUUGUUUCCAUAAGGGUUGCCCAACCAAUGAAUUGUUUGACCAGAAGGAUUGCAAAGUUGUCGGGGGGGAAUCAGAGGCCCUAGAGAAGAGGGUUGCUAACUGACAUGAGGAACAUUGCUCAAAGUAGUCCCCUUGAACUUAAUAGGAAGCUGCCAUCUACCGAGUCAGACCAUUGGUCCGUCUAGCUCAGUAUUGACUACACAGACUGGCAGUGGCUCUCUGAGGUUUCAGACAGGAGUCUCUCCCAGCCCUUCCUGGAGAUGCUGCAGAGAUUGAAGCUGGGACCUUCUACCUGCCAAGCGGAUGCUCUGCUCCUGAGUCCUGGCCCCAUCCCUGGCCUAACUUGUCCUCUUAAUUACAGUGGAAUAUGGCAGCCCCCAUAGAGAAAACACUUUAUCUUAAAUAGAUCGAGGAAAGCUCCAUCUACAGAGUUGUUAAAAAACAAAUCAAUGCUCCCAAACACUGCAGUCUUGAGAUCACAGAAACCCCGAGUUUAGCCUUUUCCAGACUGGUGGCUUUUUUGCUGUAGGUGUGUGUGUGUGUGUGUGUGUGUGUGUCUCCCAGUGUUUUUGAGCAACAACUGCAUGUACAUCCCAUGGGAAGCUCCUGCUAGUGCUAAAGGGCGGGGGGACCGGAUCAUGCCAUCAAGUCAGUGUCGACUCCUGGCAACCGCAGAGCCCUGUGGUUUUCUUUGGUAGAAUCCAGGAGGGAUUCAUCAUUGCCUUCUCCCACACAGUAUGAGAUGAUGCCUUUCAGCACCUUCCUAUAUCGCUGCUGCCCAAUAUAGGAGUUUCCCAUAUUCUGAGAAACACACCUGCGGGGAUUUGAACUAACCGCCUCUUGCUCCCUAAGCAAGUCACUUCCCCGCUGCUAGUGCUAACAGAGUGCUAAACACAAAGUAAAUUACUGGCCAAUGGAGUGUUUCCAGGUACAGGGGGGCAAAGCCUCUUGCUUUCCAUUGGUCCAUUCUCCUGUGUCCAGGUAGUGAAGACAAGGCAGGAGUGUGUACAUGUACAUGCAUACAUAGUGCCCACCAGUCAUCCCAAAUGUCAAUUAAUGUCUUCUCCCCUCUCCCCCCACCCGUUUUCUCACGCAGCAACUGCAUAUUAAAUCAAUAGGAAACUCCAGCUCGUGCUAAGGAACGCUAAACACAAAGCACAUUUUGAGGUCUCACUGCAGGGCAGUGUGCCUCCGCAGAGGGGCAUCAAAACUCAGUAAUCUGCAUCAAAAGAUUUCCCAGCCUUUUUGAAAAGUGUGCCUCCUUCUCUCACAAACCUGCAGCUUAGGUAGCCCGGGGAGCUGGUCUUGUGGUAGCAAGUAUGACUUGUCCCCUUAGCUGAGCACGUCUGCCCUGGUUGCAUAUGAAAGGGAGACUAGAAGUGAGAGCACUGUGAGAUAUUCUCCUUAGCGGAUGGAGCCACUCUGGGAAGAGCAUCUAGGUUCUAGGUUCCUGCCCUGGCAUCUCCAAGAUAGGGUUGAGAGAGGUUCCUGCCUACAACCUUGGAGAAGUCACUCCCAGUCUUUGUAGACAACACUGAGCUAGCUGGACCACUGGUCUGACUUGAUUUAAGGGAGCUUCCUAGGUCCCUAUUGUGUUCCAUAGAGAUUGUGUGUAUGCCCCAUUAAUUGCAGUACGACUGCUUAAGAGUAACUUCUUUUGGAUGUGGUCUUUGGGCUGCGCGGUCCGGGGUGGACGAAUGCCUAGAAGUAUCCAGAUCCUCUCUUACAUAAGGGGGGGUUGGCUGUGAGGGAACUGAGUGGGGUGUACCUGCCCAUUCCCGAGCCAGGGUGUGUCGCCCAGUAGGGUGAUGGGUAGGACUUCAGAGUUCUGACCUGCUUCUAUUGGCCCGCACUGUUCUCUAAGGGUGAUUAAUCACCUGGUGCUCCAGUCUGCCAUGCCUGUAUAAUAGUUAAUAAAGUUGUGGCCAUUUUCAUCCAUAUUAACUCUAUGUGUCUUCUUGAGUUGGGGUCUGGGGACAAUGUUUAAUUCUUGUUUUAAAAUGUUUUAAAAUUGUUAAUUGUUGUGUUAUUGUUUUUAAUUUGUUUUAGCUUUUCAUUGUUUUACAAGUUUGUUUUAAUUGUAAACUGCCCUGAGCCAUUUUUGGAAGGGCGAUAUAUAAAUAAAAUAAAUAAAUAAAUAAAUAAUAAAAUAAAUAGUGACUGCAUUCCUGUGGAUGUAGACCUGGGACAUUCCUAGCUGUGUUUGGAAUGUUGAAUAGAAAUCUUAAUUCUCCCCAAAAUUCAAAGAUCUUUUGUUUGAAAGAAAACAAUAAUUAGGGUUUAUGAUACAAGGUAAAAAUAUAGAACUAUACCCUUAAGAUAAAUGUAUAGACUGUAUUGUAAAAAAUAAAAGAUUUGUAAACGGUCAGAAA